UUUUUUUCCUUCCCCUGCCUAAACUCCUCUGUCAGCCUGUAAACAUUACCUGAGAAUUCCCCAGCCGAAACGGCUGGCUGCCGGGGCAAGAAAGUUCUUGUUAGAACUUUCCACCUCUGGCUUCCCCUCCACCCCUCUUACUGUCCCAACCUUCGGAGACGCUUUUUCUCCUCCGGAGGAUUUAUCUUUUUUUUUUUUUUCUCCCCCCUCUUUUUCUCACCGGGUGCUUGCUUUGCAUUUGGGAAGAGGUGAUUUCAAGAGUGGCCAGGUGGGACGCCUCUCUGCCCCCUUAUUCGGUUUAUUUAUUAUUGUUUGGGGGUGUUUUCUUUUUUAAGUCCUGUUUUGUUCGGUCCGGGGAGUUUCGCCCCCGCCGCCCGGCUCCGCGGCGCGGAGGAUGGUGUGGAAACGGCUGGGCGCGCUGGUGGUGUUCCCUCUGCAGAUGAUCUAUCUGGUGGUGAAGGCUGCGGUCGGACUGGUGCUGCCCGCCAAGCUGCGGGACCUGUCCCGGGAGAACGUCCUCAUCACCGGCGGCGGGAGAGGCAUCGGGCGCCAGCUAGCUCGCGAGUUCGCAGAGCGCGGCGCCAGAAAGAUCGUUCUGUGGGGUCGGACUGAAAAAUGCCUGAAGGAGACGACGGAGGAGAUUCGGCAGAUGGGCACCGAGUGCCACUACUUCAUCUGUGAUGUGGGCAACCGGGAGGAGGUGUACCAGACAGCCAAAGCUGUUCGAGAGAAGGUGGGUGACAUCACCAUCCUGGUGAACAACGCCGCCGUGGUCCACGGGAAGAGCCUGAUGGACAGCGACGAUGAUGCCCUUCUCAAGUCCCAGCACAUCAACACCCUGGGCCAGUUCUGGACCACCAAGGCCUUCUUGCCGCGGAUGCUGGAGCUACAGAACGGCCACAUCGUGUGUCUGAACUCCGUGUUGGCACUCUCCGCCAUCCCUGGCGCCAUCGACUACUGCACGUCCAAAGCCUCAGCCUUCGCCUUCAUGGAGAGCCUGACCCUGGGGCUGCUGGACUGUCCGGGCGUCAGUGCCACCACUGUGCUGCCCUUCCACACCAGCACCGAGAUGUUCCAGGGCAUGAGGGUCAGGUUCCCCAACCUCUUCCCCCCACUGAAGCCGGAGACGGUGGCCCGGAGGACAGUGGAAGCCGUGCAGCUUAACCAGGCCCUCCUCCUGUUGCCGUGGACAAUGCACGCCCUCAUUAUCUUGAAAAGCAUACUCCCACAGGCUGCCCUCGAGGAGAUCCACAAAUUCUCAGGAACCUACACCUGCAUGAACACUUUCAAAGGGCGGACAUAAAGACAGGACGGAGAAACAGGCUCAAAAGCCACGGAACCUGAGGGGGCAUGGGCACCUGGGCACACACCUACAUGCCUGUCCCUCAGCACACUUCAGCUGGGUGAGCAGGACUGCUUCUAUCCUUGGGAAGAAUCCAGCUGCCCCCCUAGCCAGCCCCAGGACCUUUGCACAGGACUGAUGGGCAUAACUCUGACCUCCAUGAGGAGGCAAGAAAUCAGCCAGCAGCUGCCUUGACACUUUUGUACAUUUCUGAUUCUGUAGAGUUUAUUGUUAAAUCGCUUCUCAAGUCUAACCAGCCUUGGCAAUGUGCAUAGACUAUUUCCAGGAUGGUCUGUACCCACAUGCUCCUCCUUCGCCUCCAAAAUUCACUCAUCCUCAGCUUGUGCAAACUGGUUGAACGGCAGGAAUAUAUAAAAUAAAGAGAGAAAGCUUU